CCUGCUGCAGCCGUGCAGUGCAGAACACCCACCAUCACACACACAGACAGAAAGAGAGAGAGCGAGAGAGAGAGAUAGUUAGAGAGAGAGAGAAAGACGGACAGACGGAUAGAUGACUUGGGGAAAAAAGAGAGAUAGAGGUAAUAAAAGAGCGAAAGUUAAAGGAAGAACAAACAAAAAAAUCAAUGGUCUGAAGUAAGAAGAGAGAGGAACGCGAGCAAGAGACGUGGAGAGGAAGAGAAGCGCGACGGACGAACAGCCCAUAGAGCCGAGAGCGAGAGCGAGAGAAAGCGAAGGCCUUAUAGGAAUAAUAGAACGAUAUUGUUCGUGUGUGGACACUGUAGCAGGUGUGUGUGUGUGUGUGUGUGUGAUAACAGUAGCGGCUGUGUGUUUUCUGCUGUGAGUCACCAGUGUGUUCACUCACGGGAGUUCAGUGUAUAGCCAAGUUGCUAAAGUUAGCAGGUUUUGAAUCUGUUAGCCUGUUAGCGCAGAGUGUGUGAGAAUCCUCUCCCACUCUGUGUGUGUGUGUGUGUGUGUGUGGGGGGGGGGGUCCCUGAGGAAAAUUUUGAGUUAAAUUCUUGGUAGUGGUUGAUGCUAGCGCUGGACCUGGCGAGUGUUUCAGCUCACUGUCACUCUGAGGUUAUUAAAGGUCAGCGUGUCUGAGGGGUUUCAGCUAAAGUUUAUUUUCAUUCGAAGUCAGUUUUAGGAUUUAGGAUUAAUUUUAUAGUCCAGUUUUCAAAGUUAGUUCCAGCUUGAAUCUGUUUUAGAGAUUAAUUUCAGGAUAUUUACUUUUUCACUGGUUACUUUCAGAUCAUUUUAUAUAUAUAUAUUUUACCAUAUGAGGAGAUUAGUUUUUACUUCUUUUUUUUUGUCGGUGAUUUGGGAAGUUUUAUAGUCGAGAUUUGGAGACAAGAUUUUUUUUUCAAGUAUAUUUAGAAGGAAUUUAGAUUUUUGAGUUCAUUUAAAUUUAGUGGGUUUUUAGUUUUUUAUUUAUUUGUUUAUUUAUUUUGUAGUGAUUUGGAUUCUGGGAGGUUAUUUGGUUAUUAAGUUAUUUAAAAGGUUAUUAGAAGGUUAUUUUGGCUGUUUUAAAAAUGGAGCUGUGGAGACAGUGUGCAUCGUGGCUGAUUCAGUGCCGAGUUCUUCCUGAGAACCACCGAGUGACCUGGGACAGCGCACAGGUGUGUGAGUUAGCCCAGGCGCUUAGAGAUGGAGUUCUUCUGUGUCACCUCCUGAAUAAUCUCCUCCCUCACUCGGUCAACCUGCGGGAGAUCAACCUGCGUCCUCAGAUGUCUCAGUUCCUGUGUCUAAAGAACAUCAGAAUGUUUCUAACUGCAUGUCACGAGCGCUUUGGGAUGAAGAAGAGCGAACUGUUUGAGGCCUUCGACCUUUUCGAUGUCAGAGAUUUUGGCAAGGUUAUUGGAACGCUGUCCAUCCUCUCUCAGACCUCCAUCGCUGUUCAGAGAGGCUACAGGCCGUUUCCCAGUGAAGUGUGUGUUGGAGACGAUGAUAUCUACAAUGGCCUCUCUGACCAGAUGGAUGACACAGUGGAUGAGGAUGAUGAUCUGUAUGACUGUGUGGAGGAUGAAGAGAAUGAAGGAGACGACAUUUAUGAAGACCUGAUGAGAACAGAGGAAACACCAGAGACACAACAGAAAAGUGAAGUGGACAAGAGAGGUUGCUGCCUUCAGGAGAUCAGUCAGACUGAGGAGAAAUACACACAGACCCUUGAGUCUAUACUACAGCACUUUAUGAGGCCACUGCAGGCUUUCCUUGGGCCAGCUGACAUUGAGAACAUCUUCAUGAAUGUAGAGGAGUUAGCCGAUACACACCGUCGUCUGCUGAGAGAGGUCCAGACGUCGAUACUGUCUUACGGAGCAGAGAAUCUUUACCAGGUCUUCAUCGAUUACAAAGAGAAGUUGUUGCUGUACGGCCGAUACUGCAGUCAGGUCGAAUCAGCAACUAAACAGCUGGAUAAAAUUGCCAGUGCGAGGGAAGACGUCCGGAUGAAGCUGGAGGAGUGCUCAAUGAGGGCGAACAGCGGGCGUUUCUCUCUCAGAGACCUGCUGAUGGUGCCCAUGCAGAGAGUGUUGAAGUAUCACUUGCUGCUGCAGGAACUCGUGAAGCACACGGUGAAUCCCACUGAUAAGGACAACUUACGCACUGCACUGGAUGCCAUGAGGGAUCUUGCUCAAUGUGUGAAUGAAGUGAAGAGGGAUAACGAGAUCAUUCGUCAGAUCACAGCCUUUCAGCUCUGUAUCGAAAACAUGACUCAGUCCCUUGCACUUUUUGGUCGCCCGAAGAUCGAUGGAGAGCUGAAGAUCUGUGGCCCAGACAAGAAAUCCAAGCAAGACAGGUAUGCGUUUCUCUUUGAUAAAGCCCUACUGGUGUGUAAGAAGCGCAGUGGGGAGAGCAUGGAGCUGAAAGAGCUCGUCAACCUGCAGCAGUUCCAACUGAGAGAUGAACCAUCUGGAGACAAAGAAUACAAAAAGUGGACACAUACCUUCUUGCUGAUGGAUUCGUAUGGUCAGGGUGGAUACGAUCUGUACUUCAAGACACGUGAACUGAAGAAGAAAUGGCUAGAACAGUUCGAGAUGGCUCUGUCCAACAUGUGUCCAGAGAACAGCACGGCCAAUGGUCAUGACUUCCAAAUGCACUGUUUUGAGGACACCACUUCCUGUAAAGCCUGUCAGAUGUUGCUUAGAGGGAUCUUCUACCAGGGUUACCGCUGCACCCGCUGUAAAAUGGCCGCCCAUAAGGAGUGUCUCGGACGAGUUCCUGUGUGUGGACGCAAUGCAGAAAACUCUGUGACUAUGAAAAAGAGCAAGUCGAGACCUGCCACUCAGAGACAGAAUAAACCAGGUCUUCCUAAGAUGGAGGUGUGUCAUGAUUACUAUGGCGUGCCCCCACCCCCUGUGGCUUUUGGCCAACCACUGCAUCUCACUGUGGGUGAUGUCAUCGAGCUGACACGUGCUGAUGUUGACUUGCAGUGGUGGGAGGGCAGGAAUCUGACAGUAAGUGAGGUUGGCUGGUUCCCCUGCAGUAAAGUGCAACCCUUCUUACCAAGACCACCUCCUGACCUCACAGGAUUCCUCUGGUUUGCAGGUAACAUGGACCGUUCUGAAGCCAAGAGUCUCCUAAUGUCUCGAUCUGAUGGUACAUUCCUGAUUCGGCAAAAGGAUGGAGGAGAGUUCGCCAUCAGUGUCAAGUUUAACAUGGACAUUCGCCACAUUAAGAUCACGCUGGCUGAAGGUCUCUACAGAAUCAAUGAUAAAAAAGCCUUUAAAGGGCUUAUUGAAUUGGUUCAGUACUAUCAGGAGAACUCUCUGAAGGAGUGUUUUAAAGACGUGGACACUCGUCUGCUGAUUCCAUACAAGCAUCCGGAGCAGACUGCGUCCUCACACUCACAUGGAUACACACAAGCGCCUUCCAGAGGAAUGAGUGAACGAUAUUUUGGCACAGCUAAAGUGCGCUACGAUUUCUCAGCGCGGGAUCGGACCGAGCUGUCUCUCAGAGAGGGGGACACGGUGAAGAUCAUCUCCAAGAAAGCACACAAUGGCUGGUGGAAAGGAGAGGUCUAUGGCCGGGUUGGACUCUUUCCUGCAAAUUAUGUAGAGGAGGAACAUUCGGACUACUGCUGAUCCAUUGAGUCAGUUGCACACUGAGUGACUCUUUAAUCUCUUUAGCCAAUGUAGUGAUUUAGAUUCAGCUAGUUUAGAUUCACUGAAUUGUUUAGACACUAAAUGAUUCUUUGAACAUUUUUUUUAAGUACACUUGAAAGCUAUUGCUCAUUCGUUGAUUCACAGAGUAGUGAAUCUUUUUUCUGACUCUGUCUGAUUCUCUGAUUCUGCAUUGAAUGACUCUUUUGAACCUCUUGUAUUUGACUCCAAAUGAAGACUGUGAUCAAUUUGUUGAAUCAUUUAAACAAUGACUCUUUAAAUCUCUCCUUUCUGAUUCCUUUUAAAGACCCUUUGAACUUCUGAGUCCACUUUAAAGCUGGCGAGCAUCAUGUGACAGUUUUACUGAGAUGUCAUUGGUUGAAUGUUUAUUAUUUUGCUUUUGUUUUAUUAUUAUUGUUUUUUUAAAUAUCCGAUAGAAAGUUAAUAGAAUAUGAAAUUGUAUAGUGUUUGUGGAACUGUGGUUUUUCAUAAAGCUUGUUUUAGGUUCUGA